CACAGCAACACAUUCGAAGCGCGUCGCUUUCUGCUCUCAUUUGAACUAUCCACUCCACCUGACCCCACCCCCUGGUGGUCAUUACUAUAUAGUCGUCGUCAUCAGCAACAUGGCUCAGGAUCCCAGCCCCAUUCGGCCACCGCCCGUUUACUUUGCCGUCGGACCCAAGUCCCAUGAGAUCACUUGCCCCUACUGCAAGGUUGUGGGAAAGACCCGCCUGGUUCGCUCCCUCCUGCGCUGCUGUACAAAGCGUCAUCAUUGCAGUUCCUGUGGCGAGUAUUUGGGCACCUAUCGUCGACCUCAGCUCUGACAAUUUCACGCCUACGAUUUCGUUCAUGUAUACAUAUACUCAUAUAUAGUAUUGAAUAAGCAAUAAAGCGUUUGUUUAUGUGUAA